AUGCUGUCGAAGAAACUUCCCCGUUCAGGUCGCCAUCUUCUGCGACGAUCAUUCGCUACUGUCAUUAAGCCCCCACUCAGUGCGCUGGGUGCCUCCGCUCGUGCCAAGGCAGAGCAACUGUCCGCAGACUGGAAAGGUACCAGUGCAACUGGAGAGAAUACGAAAAAUUUUCUAGGUGGAGAGUUCGUGGAAAGUAAAACGCAAUCGUGGAUCGACGUCGUUGACCCUGCGACACAAACAUUGCUCACACGCGUUCCGGAGACAACAUCGUCCGAGUUCGAGCAGGCUGUAGCCGCAGCGUCAGAAGCGUACACGACAUGGAGCCGUACUAGUGUACUUACUCGUCAGCGGUUUGCUUUGGAGCUACAGCAUCUCCUUCGCAAUAACGCGGACGCGAUUGCGAAUAGUAUUGUCCUUGAGCAGGGUAAAACUCUGACAGAUGCGCAUGGUGAUCUUCUGCGAGGUUUACAAGUUGCUGAAACGACAUGCAACAUUACAAGCGCACUUCUGGGUGACACCAUCGAAGUUAGCAAAGACAUGGAUACCUCUACACGACGGUUACCCCUAGGUGUUUGUGCAAGUAUUGCACCUUUCAACUUCCCAGCUAUGAUCCCUCUCUGGACCAUCCCAAUGGCGCUCACCACGGGCAACACGCUUAUUGUCAAGCCCUCUGAGCGCGACCCCGGAGCAGCGAUGAUCAUUGCCGAGCUUUGCCAACGCGCAGGAUUGCCCGCGGGUGUGCUGAAUGUUGUUCAUGGAACGGUACCUACAGUGAAUGCGAUAUGCGACCACCCAUCUAUCAAGGCAGUUAGCUUUGUAGGUGGCGAUCGUGCCGGAAAGCAUAUCUAUGAAAGGGGACGCAAGAGUGGCAAGCGUGUCCAGUGUAAUAUGGGCGCGAAGAACCAUGCGGUAUUAAUGCCUGACGCGAACAUGAACCAUGCCCUCAACUCUCUGAUUGGGGCUGCCUUCGGUGCUGCUGGUCAACGUUGCAUGGCUGUUUCAGUGGCUGUUCUAGUUGGGAACUCUCAGAGCUGGCUACCAGAGCUGUGCGAGCGGGCAAGCAAACUCAGCGUGAAUCAAGGCUUUGAGAAGGGUGCAGACCUCGGUCCUGUGAUAUCUCCUGCAGCUAAACAGCGCAUCACUAGUCUGAUUGCGUCGGCAGAAGAGCAAGGUGGAAAAGUUGUGCUUGAUGGGCGUGGAAAGCAGGUCCCUGGGUAUCCUGACGGUAAUUGGAUUGGUCCCACCGUUGUCGAAGCAACUGUGGAUAUGCGGUGCUACCGCGAGGAGAUAUUUGGCCCGGUGUUGGUUGUCCUCAAAGCUGAUACGCUUGACGAUGCGCUCGCCAUCAUUAAUUCUAAUCCCUACGGCAAUGGCACUGCUAUCUUCACACAGAGCGGUGCGACGGCUCGGAAAUUCGAAAGAGAAGUUGAGGUAGGACAGGUGGGUAUCAACGUGCCCAUUCCUGUCCCGCUUCCUAUGUUUUCUUGGAGUGGGAACAAGGGGAGUUUCUUGGGUGAUGUACCAUUUUAUGGCCGAGGAGGUGUCGACUUUUACACGCAAAAUAAGACUACGACUGCAUUGUGGAGAGCGGAGGAUGCCAUCGGCAACAAGGCUUCUGUGGAUAUGCCCACUCAUCAUUGA